AUGCUGGUGACAUGCCUGAUUUCGGUCUGGAUGGCAUGUGGAGCAUUUGGGAGUAAUGUCCAUCUUAACAAAAGCAAUGACCAGGAUGGCAGAUGCAUUUAUUCCUUCACAGUCCCCAGUGAAAAUGAAGACAGCUGUAUUGGCUCAAGUGAAGUCCUGAUAGCCAUCCAGGAUCUCCAGCAGGAAAGCAAAGCUCAGCACCUGGAACUAGAGUCAACUAGAGCACGGCUUGGCCUUCUGGAGAAUCAGGUGAAUCAGCUACAGGGAAGCCAAGUUAGGAGGACUUCUUUAUCUACAGCUGGCUUGCUUCAAAGGGAGGUAGAGAGUCUGAAGAGGGAGCAAGCCCAGAGGGACAUCCAAGCCAGCAGGCUGGAAUUGACCAUAAACAACCUCCUUCAAGACAAGUCAGCUUUGGAAGAACACAAGAAGCAGCUGGAAGAAGAAAAGAAGGAGCUGGAAAGAAGGCUAGAGAAAAGCAUUCAGGAGGCGGCUCAGCUGAGAGCAAGCCAUUGUCCUCAGACUGGAGAAGCCAGCAGUGAUGUCCUUCAAGAUCCUCAGGAAGUGUCUAAGUGGAAUACUGAAAAUCUGGGCUAUCAGGAGCUCAAGUUAGACUUGGCUGAGGUUUCUGCAUCUCAUCUCAUCAAGGAAGGCCCUUCACCCUCUCCUUCUAGUAUAGAAGCUGAAGAAUCAGGUUGUGGAAUGCUAGUUUGGAUUGGUGCACCAGUGACCUUCCGCAGGGCUGACACCAUUACAGGAAAGUAUGGCGUCUGGAUGAAGGACCCACAACCUGUCUCUCCAUAUACCCAUGAGACAAUUUGGAGAGUUGACACUGUCAGUGUGGAUGUCCGCCAUGUCUUUGAAUAUGAUGGUAUGGAUCAGUUUGUGAAAGGCUACCCUUCCAAAGUGCAUGUGUUGCCCAGGUCCAUGGAGAGCACUGGAGCUGUUGUUUAUUGGGGCUUCCUCUAUUUUCAGAGGCACAAGUCUAGAAUAAUGGUGAAAUAUGACCUGAAGAAUGAAGUCAUUGAAGUUCAAAAGGAGCUGCCCAAUGCUGGCUACCAUGGGCAAUUCCCCUAUUCCUGGGGUGGAUACACAGAUAUUGAUCUAGCAGUUGAUGAGAUUGGACUGUGGGUGAUCUAUAGCACUGAAAAUGCCAAGGGGGCUAUUGUGCUUUCCAAACUGGACCCAGAAACUUUGGAAAUUAUACAGAUGUGGGAAACCAAUAUUCACAAGCAGUCUGUGGCUAACUCUUUCAUGAUCUGUGGCUCCUUGUAUACCAUUAGCAGCUACUCAUCCCCUGAGGCCACUGUGAAUUUCAUCUACCGCACAAGUAGAGAGAACAGUGCACCACUGAAGAUCCGCUUUGAGAGUCGCUACAGAUACAUCAGCAUGGUAGACUACAACCCUACAGAGAAGAAAAUAAUGGCUUGGGAUAACUUCCACAUGGUUGCAUAUGACACCAGACUUUCUAAGAUGUGAUUACCUUGGAGAGAUUGAUAAUGGAAAAAUAUUAUAUGGCAGC